AUGGAAGAACUUGAAGGUAAGUACACCAAAGAUGGAACAACAGAUAUCUCAGGGAAGGCUGCUAUCAAGAAGAAUACGGGGAACUGGAGGGCUUGCCCUUAUAUACUAGCAAAUGAAUGUUGUGAAAGAUUGGCAUACUAUGGCAUGAGCACCAAUUUGGUGAACUACAUGAAAGACCGGCUCCACAUGGCGAAUACCACAGCAGCAAAUAAUGUGACCUAUUGGUCAGGAACAUGCUACAUAAUGCCUCUCCUCGGCGCUUUUGUUGCCGAUGCCUACUGGGGAAGAUACAGGACCAUUGCCACCUUCAUGAUUAUCUACAUAUUUGGUUUGGCGCUGUUAUCAAUGACAACAUGCAUAAAUGGGCUAAAGCCAUCUUCGUGUAAUGGUGGUGAUGUCUGCCACCCAAAACAGGUGCAGAGCGCCGUUGUGUUCGUAGCUCUUUACCUGAUUGCAUUAGGGACCGGAGGCAUCAAACCGUGCGUCUCUUCCUUUGGUGCGGAUCAGUUUGAUGAAUCUGAUCAAAGUGAGAAGAAGAGCAAGAGCUCCUUCUUCAACUGGUUCUAUUUCACCAUAAAUAUUGGUGCUCUUAUUGCCUCCUCGGUGCUGGUAUGGAUCCAGAUGAAUGUGGGCUGGGGAUGGGGGUUUGGUAUCCCAGCAAUAGUAAUGGCCAUUGCAGUUAUCAGCUUCUUUUCAGGGACUCGGUUAUACAGGCAUCAAAUGCCCGGAGGAAGCCCGCUCACUCGUAUGGCCCAAGUUAUUGUAUCUGCAAUCAGGAAAACUCAUGUUGAGGUGCCUGCUGACAAAUCUCUUCUUCAUGAGAUCAAUGAUAAUGGAUCUGCUAUACAAGGCAGUCCCAAGCUAGAGCAUACUGAUGAGUUCAGGUGCCUAGACAAAGCGGCUGUGGUGACACAAAGGGACCAAAGCAAGGGUGGUAGGGUCAGCCCGUGGAGACUCUGCACUGUGACUCAAGUAGAGGAACUCAAAAGUGUAGUGCGUCUUCUACCGAUAUGGGCCACGGGCAUCAUUUUCUCAACUGUUUAUAGCCAGAUGAGCACCAUGUUCGUCCUCCAGGGCAACACUCUGGAUCCACAUAUGGGUCCCAGUUUCAAGAUUCCCUCAGCUUCACUCUCCCUCUUUGAUACCGUCAGUGUCAUCUUUUGGGUGCCGGUGUAUGAUAAAAUCAUAGUCCCCCUGGCACGCAGGUUUACAGGUCGUGAGAGAGGAUUCACGCAGCUAACCAGGAUGGGGAUUGGCCUGGUGAUCUCUGUUUUCUCCAUGCUUGCGGCUGGGAUCCUGGAGUUUGUCAGGCUACGCAUUGUGGCGAGGGAUAAGUUAUAUGAUUCCAAGGACUAUGUCUCAAUGACCAUACUGUGGCAAAUUCCUCAGUAUUUCAUAGUUGGGGCAGCCGAGGUGUUCACUUUCGUUGGGCAGUUGGAGUUCUUUUAUGACCAGGCACCAGAUGCCAUGAGGAGCAUGUGUUCAGCUCUGUCUCUUACCACCAAUGCACUGGGCAAUUACUUGAGCUCACUUCUUGUUACCCUAGUGAUUGCCAUCACAACCAUGAACGGGCGCCUUGGGUGGAUCCCUGACAAUCUCAACCGUGGACAUCUUGACUACUUCUACUGGCUUCUGGCCAUCCUCAGCCUUGUCAACUUUGGGGUGUAUCUUCUCAUUGCCAAGUGGUACACCUAUAAGAAGACGGUCCAGACCUCACUACCACACGAGGCAGCCCCAUGAUGAUAUCACAUUUAGUAUUUAC